GAUACAUUCAACUAACCUAAUAUAACCUUACUAAUAUAUCAAGUCAUCAUGCAAUGCAUUUAAAAAAAAUUAAAAAGAAAAUAAAUAUUUACAAAAUAUAUGGUAAAAUAUUAAAAUUAAAGGAAGCACGUAUGAAUUCAAGUUUCAUGUCAAUCAUGCACAUAGACAUAAAGAUCUAAUGUUACUGGGAAUUUCAAAUAAAAUAAAAAUGGCCGCGUAUGGGACAAUUACAAUGUCUCACUGUAUUAAAUAAAUCGAAGACACGCGUGUACAUUAAUUUAAUAGGAGGGAGAAAUAUAUUAUGCAUAUCAGAAUGUCUAUUCGAACGAGGAAAGCUAUUAUCUGUGGGAUCAUUAUAUUAUUAAGUCUGUUAUACUUGUAUACGAAUCGGAGUUUGUAUACAAAUGAACAAAAGUAUACAAAUGUGCAAAACAAGAACAUUUCUUUAAAAUUACUUCUUGCUGCCGCUAUAAGAGCAGCAGAAAUUGGUGGUUCUGAAGUAAUAGCAGUUCAUAACCAAGCUAAAUUUGAAAUACAAAGUAAAGGGAAAACGAAAGAGGGUAUAAAUGACCCAGUAACAGAAGCAGACUAUAGAUCGCAUUGUGCAAUGUAUCAUUCUUUGCGUGAAGCAUUUCCAAGUAUAACAGUAAUAUCAGAGGAAACAUCAAAGGAUUGUGAUAAAGUUACUGUGUCAAAUAUAAAAGAUAAUAUUAAUACUUUAAAUGAGUAUGAUAUUAAAGAUGAAAUUAUAAAUACAAAUGACAUUACAGUAUGGAUUGACCCUCUUGAUGCAACAAAGGAAUUUACAGAGAAUUUGCUGCAAUAUGUUACAACCAUGGUUUGUGUUGCUAUUAAAGGAAAACCUGUAAUAGGUGUUAUAUUUAAACCAUUUGAAACAAAACAAAAUUCUAGUUUGUUUUGGUCAUGGACUAAUCACGCAAUUUCAAGAAAUUUACAAGUACUGCUUAAGUUAGAAGAUGAGAGAACACCAAUAUUGAUUGUAUCACAAUCACAUGCAGGCCAAAUUCACAAUGUUACUAAGAUUGCAUUUGGUAAAGAUGUAAAAAUUGUUUCAGCAGCAGGUGCAGGUUACAAAUUUCUAGAGGUUGUAAGUGGAAAUGUAACUGCAUAUGUUCACAUGACUGCAAUAAAAAAGUGGGACAUUUGUGCUGGAACUGCAAUUCUUACUGCACUUGGUGGAACAGUUACUCAAUUGUUUGAUCAACAGUUAAUAAGCUUUGGUCCAAAUGAUUCCAAAGUACUUACAUGGGGCCUUUUGGCUACCACGAGUAAUCAUGCUUGGUAUUUAUAUAAAUUUUCAAAUAUUUAACAUAAAUAUUAAAUCUUCGAAUUUUA